AGAAGACACGCAGUCGGGCAUUUUAAGGGAUACCCUUAUCCCCUCCAUCCCGGCAACGCAUGACGGACGUGCUGCAGCACCCGUUCGUCGCUCCUACCUGAGCCCCGAAUCCCCGUCUUCCCGUCUCCCCGCCUUCCCCCCCCCUCCGGUUGAGCUGGGCUGUGCCUGCUACCCGUGUCGUGUUUCCCUUCCCCUGGCAACCCUUGGCUGCUGUCCCAAGCCGUUUCCGGUUCGACCCCUCGCUGGCCCCGGUCUCGUUUGAUACGAGACUCCGCAGAACACAACUCGUGCUUGCCGUGAGUGCUUAAAAACCUCUGCUCCUCUGAUCCGUGCCGGUCAUAGAUCGUCCCGUCAUUCCAGGGGUUUUGAAAGUCCCGACGUCGUUCACUUCAUUCGUCCCUCGCUUUUUCCGGACGGGUCACCGGAGUGGAAACCACACGCAUACACACUUCUGUUCAUCGAUUUCAGGCUGUGCCUCCCUUUUCACAACUCCUGGCUGGGAGGACGUACAAUUACUUAAGAGACUAUAUAAACCAUACCGCCCACGCGAAGCAUCCGUCAACCCUGUCUCCUCGCCGACACGAUGCAGACCUCCCGUUUCCAGGCCAUUACGGCGCGCUUCUCGCCGCACAACCUCCGCACCUCGUUCCGCCGGUCGCUGUCGACGUCGUCGACGUCGUCGUCGGCGUCUUCGCGAGCCAGCAGCACCGACCGGGGCUUGACCGCCUCGCAGGCCAGCUCGCCCGUCUCCACCAUCAACAGCAUUGUCUUCCGCCAGAAGUCGUUACUCGAGCUGCACGACGAGGAAGAGCAUCCCACGCACAUCCUCGAGCCGAGGCCGGCCGCCACGUUCUGCAGCCUCGAGGAGCGCAUGAUGUCCUUCUGAGACGGACAUCAACAACGGCAACCUGAGGUCCCAGGGGGGCAGCAGUCUGGAGUCAUCUUUGCUGGCUUUUGCAACUGGGUGCAGGGCCGGAGGAGGAAAGUGAUUCGAUUCUUUUCACAACGCUAUUUUUCUUGAUACCACAUAAUUGAUUGAUCAUCACGGAACCGGUCUGGAGUGAAGGCUAUGGCUAUAUUGGGAUGGCUCUUUCGAGGGAGAUUUCUGGCGCCGGCGUUAGCAGUACGCCUGAGGUAACUAAUGAACUGUUACGUCCGGGC